AUUGUGAUACAGUGAAUUAUUAGUGAAAAAAUCUGUCUGUAAACAAUUGUUGGAAAAAUGACUUGUCAUGCACGAAGUAGAUGUCCUAACCGACUUGGCAAACUAUAGUUUGUUAACAAGAAAUUUGUGGAGUGGUUGAAAAACAAGUUUUAAUGACUCCAACCUAAGUGUAUAUAAACUUCCGACUUAAACUGUACCUCACCAUACCAUGAGACAUCCAUGUCUUCUUCAUCACUGGAAAAGAUAACUGUUGAGAUUUAUAUCAUUUAAAGGCUUACAAACAGGGUUGUCAAGCUAUUUUGUCAUUUCUGGGGGGAAUAACUUUUCUAACUUUUAACGUAAAUUAUCUAAAAACACGUAAACUCAUAGUCAUACGUUUUAGCUUCGACCCUAUUUUACAUCCUCUAAGGCGUUUGUAUUGUGACCGCCAUCUGUUGAGAACAUGCUCUUGAAUACAGAGUGAGUAUCAUGUUUGGGCUGAUAAAAGUACUAAAAUGAGGAUAAAAUGUAAAUGUCAAGAUGUCCACACAUGUUGAUUUGAAUGGGAAUAUCUGUUAAAGUUAUACUGUCAAUCCUCCAUAGAAAACCUAUUUAAAUCAUAGAAAUAUAGAUAAUAAAAUAGAUAUGACCAUUUUAAGUUGAUAUUCGACGGUGGGUAGACGGGCUAGUAAUUUAGAACUAAAAAUGUUGUUUCAAUUUCAAUGGUGUACCAGCAAGAAUUGCAGUGGUCUGUAGGGAUAGGUCCAUGAUAUGAUUGAAAUGACGCCCACCCUGUAUUUAAGAGCAUGUUGUUUAUCAACCGAUGGCGGGCACAACACAAAAACCUCGUGAAAUAAGGCCUGAGCUACAACAUAUGCGAAUAUAAAAACAAUAGUAAUUUAUGCACUUUUUUUUUUAAAGAAAUAUUUUUAAAUGAUAUCAAACUCAACUGUUUCUCUGUUACAGUGAAGAAGACAUGGAUGUGGAAUGAUAGGGUAUGCACAAUGGGUCAAUUCUCAGCACAUUUAAAGUCACAUCUCAUGUUAUUGGUCACACACACACAUAUUUAGCAGAUGUUAUUGCGGGUGUAGCGAAAUGCUUUAUCUCCUGAAUGUUCUGCUAUUCCGGUCCAAAACGUCACUUCCUGACCACUUCUUCCAUGGGCAAACAUGUAUGGAACGUUUUGUAUAAAUCAAAAAGGGAUGCUGUCAAAAAGUUAUUCAAUUCAAAUGUUUUUAUCGUUAAGGUAGUUAAUUCAAACUAGCCACUUGCGAAAGGUACUCCUUAAAAAUAGCUUCCAUAAUCUCCAUUUUGCUAGCUACUAUUUAGUAUUUUAUUUAAACAGAUAAAGUAGUGAUGUUGACAGUGCCAUAGUUCCUCUUUUACAAAAGAGUCCUUCAUUGAAACUAGACCCUAGUCACUGUUGUACGAGACUAAACAUGCCAUAGUAAUCUGUCCUUCUCACAGGCAGAAAAGGUAGACUCGCUUGUGAUCAGUGGUGGUGGGUAACUCAAGCUGAUCAUUUUCAAAAUUAGCUUUCUCAGAAGAAAUGGAAAAAUAUUGAGAAAUGUUUUUCAUGAUUUAGCUGGUUUAUUUUGGACUGAGGUCAGUUUCAUAUUGUUGUAAUUAUUAUGAUUCAGUUUUAGCCUACAGUCCUCUGAACCCUCUGUCUGUCUCUCCACCAUGUGAUGUCAUGCAGUUUCUUUGUAACCCCCUCUCUGAGUCUGGGGAUUUGGAGUGUGUGUGUGUGUGUGGCUAAAUGAAUGAGCAGAAUGAGGGGAAAAAGUAUGCACACAUCAUACUAGUGGGCAUGUGAGAAAGUACAUUUUUUGUGUCGAAGAGGAUGAUCAUGGUGAUGACUACAUUGCAAUAACACUGUUGAUCUGCUGACUGAGAGAACCAUGUCAGAGGUCAGGAACAGGGCCAGCUACAGGGCGAGGUUUCCUGCCCCCCACCCCGGUGCACGUUUUGGUUUUUGUCCUAGCACUACACAGUGGAUUUAAAUAAUCUAAGCUUGAUGAUGAGUUGGUUAUUUGAAUCAGCUGUGUAGUGCUCGGAUAAAAAACGAAACGUGCACUCAGGGAGAACCUCAGGACUGAGUUUAAGAAACUAUAGAUCAUUUUUUUUAGGAGCUCAGUCUGGGUCUCAAUUUACUGUUAAGAGAAUAAUAGAAUGCUCAAGGUGCAAACAAUUUUCCUCUUGUUUUAUCAGUCACUAGCUAGGCUUCCAUCCAAUUGGCGACAGAUUUUCAUAUAUUCUAAAAUCCACGUAAAAACAGUAUACUGCAUUUUCCCACCAGAGAUGUUUCCAUCAAAUUAACUCGUUGCAGAUAAAAGGCUGUGCGUGAUGACGUAGUUCACACACUUUUGCGGUUGAAUUCCCAUGUACCGAAUAAAAUAAAAUAGAAGUUCAAUGUGUUUCCAUCACAUUUCAACUCAUGUCAAUACCAGAGUGGGCACACUCGCUAUAUGAAGCAACUCUUUCUCACAAAACAUGUUGCUCUAUAUAGCGAGUGUGCCCACUCUGGUAGUGACACGUGUGCUCUAGCUAACAGCUCGCCAAUACAGCGCGGGUAUAGCCUACAUCAGGGAUGGGUAACUCUAGUCCUCAGGGGCUGGACUGGUGUCACUUUCCCCAUCCCUAGCCAACACAGCUGAUGAAACUAAUUCCAUUCUAAACUGAAGAUCAGGAUUAGUUAGUUAUUGGUGUUAGCUGGGGCUGGGACAAAAGUUUGACACCAAUCAGGCCCCAGAUGACUGGAGUUACCCAUCCCUGGCCUACAUGAUGAGAUUAUUAUGGAUCAAAUUGUGGAUUAUUUCUAUUUGUCAGACGGCAGCCAAGCAUCGAUGAUCAUGUCACCAGAAUAAGACCCUCGAUUAUUUAUUGGAAAGGAGCAUCAAGCUCAUCACCGUGCACGUUCACCACCUUGUGAAGUUCAUCAUAACUUAUUUAAUCUGUAGCCUUAUAAACUGCAUGGUUUCCUGACGAGUUGUAGUGGGAGGACCACACAACAUGUCAUUGCGGGACAAGUUUACUACGAUAUGAUGGUUAUUAUAUUAAUAUUUGCACAUAAAAGGUUUAAACUGCAUAAUUCAUUUUUCCCAACACAAAAAGGUCCCACCAUAUCUAACAUAUUUGGUUUUGUCGACAUUUGGAAAGUUUACCGACCAAUGUUCUGUUUCCAUCAGGCUGUCCUGACGACGUACCUUACUCGAAUAAAAGUUUGGAUGGAAAUCUGGUUAGUUUUAGUCACUCAAUUAGCCAUAUCAGCUAAUAUUUUUUUGAUUGUAAGUUAGUCUAUCCAGUCAUCUAAACCUGUAGUAAUUAUGGCCAACUACCGACUGGGCAUGUAGGGAAUGUGCCCAGGGGCCUUGACCUCCAGGGGGGCACCUCUGCCCAGAAUGUUGGCAGUUAAGCUUUUGUUGUUCACGUAGAACAGUUUUACCUCUGAUUUGCUUAGUUUAAAUACUCCAGGCCACAAGGUGGCACUACCUUGUUUGGCAGGUGCCGGUUGUACCUAAUGUAAGCUGAUUAGCAAGCUGCGCUAAUGUUGUUGUUACUAGCAAGAAUGUGUAGUAAGCCCUACAAGUCUCGCUUAGGGCCCAACCAAAGGCUAGAGCCGACCAUGGACAGGGACGACAGAAUGUAAGAUAUGUAAGAUUACACUUGAUUUAUUUACGUUAUCACUGUCUGCUUUCAGUGUUACGGUGGCUGACUGCUGAAGUUUUUUUUACAAGGUAGGAGUAGGGUGUUGGCCACAAAUGUACUAGAAACAACUUUUGAUUUAAAAAAAGAAAAGAAAAAGUUGAUACAGAAAAAGAAAAUGAGUUUGCAUUAAAGAUUAACUUGAAAUGGACAUGGCAUUCCUUACUCAAUACUCCCAGUAAUGCAACGCCAUAAACUAUUUUUGCCUUCUAAUCAAGAGUUGAUAUCUUGACCGUCAGUUAUCUGGCUAACUUAUUAAUCCUACUUUGUGAAACCCUACCCUGACCUUAGUCCUGUCUGUCUCUGUCUGUCUGACUGAGCCAGUUGCAGCGAAUGAACCUGCUCAUCUCUAUCUCAUUCUUCUUUUCAUGAGCAACAAUGAAAAGGGCUAAAACACAUUAUUCUGCAGUUCUGUCUGUCAGCCAUUUUUUAUGUGUGUUUAUCUAACACCCAUCCACCACCAGGUAACUUGGUGUGAUUGUGGUUUAGAAUAUGAUGUUGAUAUGAUUUGCAUUGCAGUAGGUCAUAGUCUUUAUGAUGCUUUUAGAGAGAGAGAGAGGGAGAUCGUGCCACUUGUUCUGUGCUAUACCUCUGCCUCUUCUCUCCUUCCUCUCCUCUAUGCAACAUCCUCCUACCUACAUUCAUGGUUUUAUUCAGUCAAACCCCCCAGUGCAGUAUUUAUGCAGUAGCAUACAAACAUACAUUUCCCCGCACAGUCAGUCUGAGCGGUUUGCGGUACUGUAUAAAUAGCAGGUAGAACCCCUCACAGGUAGAGUAAUAUAUGUGUGCUGUGGGCAGUCAUGUUUAAACUGAGACUGUUAACAUCACUAAGGCAGGUUAGAUUUAAUAUGGUCUUCUGUCAUCAUCUCCCAUCUCUGUUUGUUUUGUAUCAAUGUACAUUUUCCCAUGUGAAAAUUACUAUCAAUAUCAUGAAAUCUAAGGCCCAGUUGGUUUCCCAGACGUAAGGCUGCUUCUGGACUAAAAAGCAAUGUGCAAUAGAGAAUCUCCAUUGAAGUAGUAUUUUGGGUCCAGGAAUAGUAUGUGUCUGGCCAAAGGGCCUAUAUUAUGCCAAACUCCUGUCCUCAAACUGCUGUCUCCCUCUGCUGGUCAACAUGUGUAUGUACUACUCCUGCUGUUUUUAUUUUGGACAUGGCUAUCUGUAUGUCUGUUUGUCAUAGCUCAGCAUUUAUAAUCCUCAUCAGCCCUUGGUCUCAGUAGGAUAAAAUAAUAGAAUAUUGAGAAUAAAAAUACCCUGUAUGAUGACUAUUUGAAAAAUAAAAAAUAAAUCAGAUAAACAAUGUAUUUACUAUAAUCUGAGUAGACACUGCUAUUUGGAACACUUUGUAAUUUCUAUCCAGAAAUAAAUGUUCAUACUGUUCAGCUUUUCAGCUUUCCUUUUGUGGUUAAGUUAGUUCAGGGAUUUCCCAAACUCGGUCCUUGGGACUCCCAAGGGCUGCACGUUUCCGUUUGUGCCCUAGCACUACACAGCUGAUUCAAAUAAUCAACUAAUCAUCAUGCUUUCGUACUUUUAUUCAGCUGUGUAGUGUUAUGGCAAAAAACCAAACGUUUACGCCUUAGGGUCCCGAGGACCGAGUUUGAGAAACGGUGAUUUAGUGUGUUUGGGAAAGGUGUGUGUGUGUCGUGUGUUCACCUGUGAUGCUGACUAUAGUGUGCCACCAGAUGUCGCUGUUGAGAUGCACAUCGUUCUAAAAUUGCCGAAUCUGUUCUUUUUCCGUUCGAGUCGCCGUACAAAAACAAAAGUCACUAGGCAGGAAGAGAAAUGUCAAACUUUGGGAAACUGGUAAUGGCUCAACUUUUCUCUUGUGCCGCUGUGUCAGGUGUCCUGGGCUUGAUGACGGGAACUGCAACUGUCCUGGCCGCUAGAGAGGUCAAGGAGAAACUGGCAGCUCUGAGUCUCAGUAUUGUAGAGCUCCCGGCCCUCUACACUACUCCAGAGGUGCAGCUCAACUAUGUGGAGUCAAGAGGCGGGGCCAGUGGAACAGGGUGUGGCCGAGCUGAGGAAAUGGGCCGAGCCUUUCACCGACCAGUGUCAGGAAACGGGUCUGGUUGCCCUGGAGAAAGCAGAGGAAGUCUACAGGACUUUAGAGCCCACUGUGAGCACCUCCAUCAGGACAGUGAGAGCGUCGGGGUGGUUGGCUUCUCUGGCUUCCUAGGACUGUACCUGGCCAAAGGUUCCAGGGUGAAGAGGCUGGUGUUUCCUGUAGGGUUAAUGGCUCUCAGUGCUUCCAUGUUCUACCCCCAGCAGGCAACCUCCUUAGCCAAGGUCUGUGUGUGUCUUCCACCCCUUUCCCUCUCUCUCCCCAACGGGAAGGGCUGUGGUUUCCUGUAGGAAGUUCUGGCUGUGAGGUAAGCGUGUGUGUGUGUGGUCAAUAGUCUGCCCGUUCAUUUUAAAGCGGUGUCCCAUGCUGUUGCGUAGAAGCCUGGGAUAUUUUGGGUCUGUUUUAUGUGGUUGUCUGAGAGACACACCCAGAGAGGAUACAGGUGUGUAUGUAUGUGUGUGCACCAACACAGCCAGAUCAGACAGACAGGAGGGAUGAUAGAAGAGAGGGUGAUUAUAGAAGCAGGAUAGGAAAGUGAUGAGUAGACAGCAGAUGAGAGGGAGGAUGGAAAGCUGUGACCUCUGACUGGUGACUGAGGUAAUGGAUGUAGUUUUGUGAGUUAUGGUCAGUUUAAAUACAAUUGAGUUUUAUUUGUCACGUGCGCUGAAUACAACAGGUAUUUAACCUUACAGUUAAAUGCUUACUUACAAGCCCUUAACCAACAAUGCAGUUUUAAGAAAAUCCCUAAAAAAGUAAGAGGUAAGAAUAACAAAUAAUUAAAGAGCAGCAGUAAAUAACAAUAGCGAGGCUAUAUACAGGGGUACCGGUACACAGUCAAUGUGCGGGGGCACCGGUGUUGAGGUAAUUAUGUACAUGUAGGUAGAGUUAUUAAAGUGGCUAUGCAUAGGUAAUAACAGAGUAGCAGCAGUGUGGGGGGGCAGGGCAAUGCAAAUAGUCUGGUAAGCCAUUUGAUUAGAUGAUCAGGAGUCUUAUGGCUUGGAGAUAGAAGCCGUUUAGAAGCCUCUUGGACCCAGACUUGGUGUUCCGGUACCGCUUGCCAUGCGGUAGCAGAGAGAACAGUCUAUGACUAGGGUGGCUGGAGUCUUUGUCAAUUUUGUACGUACAUAUUUCUCGUUGGGGUAUGUACGUACAGUCACUGUGGGGACGACGUCCUCGAUGCACUUAUUGAUAAAGCCAGUGACUGAUGUGGUGUACUCCUCAAUGCCAUCGGAAGAAUCCCGGAACAUGUUCCAGUCUGUGAAAGCAAAACAGUCCUGUAGUUUAGCAUCUGCUUCAUCUGACCACUUCUUUAUAGACCGAGUCACUGGUGCUUCCUGCUUUAAUUUUAGCUUGUAAGCAGGAAUCAGGAGGAUACAUUUUACAUUUACAUUUUUAGUCAUUUAGCAGACGCUCUUAUCCAGAGCGACUUACAGUAGUGAAUACAUACAUUUUUUUUGUACUGGCCCCCCGUGGGAAUCGAACCCACAACCCUGGCGUUGCACACACCAUGCUGGCAUUGCAAACACCAUGCUCUACCAACUGAGCCACAUGGGGGCCUAUAGGAUAGAAUUAUGGUCAGAUUUGCUAAAGGGAGGACGAGGUAGAGCUUUGUACGCUUCUCUGUGCGUAGAGUAAAGGUGGUCAAUAAUUUGUUUUCCCUCUGGUUGCACAUGUAUCAUGCUGAUAGAAAUUUGGUUAAACUGAUUUAAGUUUCCCUGCAUUAAAGUCCCCAGCCACUAGGAGCGCCACCUCUGGAUGAGUGUUUUCCUGUUUGUUUAUGGAGGAAUACAGCUCACACACACACACACACAAUUUGUGUGUGUGUGUGGUGGUUCUCUUAUCUCAGGUGAGCUGGUAUUCUAUGUAUAGCUGGAGUCAGCAGGGUCGGGAUGCUGGGAAGAUGCUCUGGAAGGACCUGUCGUUUGGCAAGGGAAAGGUUAAUCAUCAUCAUGACAAGGAAUGAAGGAAAGAUGUUUGAGAUUCAGGUGAAAUGUGUCAGUAAUAAUGAUGUGCAUUACUGCUUCCUGUUUCCCCUCAGGCAGGUUGAGAAGACCGAGGACAAGUGCAAGUGCUGGUUAAUUGUUUGUUUUAGUAUUCUAGUAUUCUUUCUAACAAAGAUAUCUGCAUAUAUUUCAGGAUGUUGUGUAUCCCUGGAAAUAAUCUGAUUCAUGUAAACAUUAGUUUGAAAACAUAGUUGUCCAAAAAAAGUGGUCUCUUGGCAUAAUUGACCUGGGAAUGAGGUAAAUUGAUCCGCGGAACAGGGUAAAUUAAGCCUCCUACGCAUUUCUGUACUGGAUGAAAUAUGACCACUACCUUUUUAAAGCCAUGUCUAUCUUUAUUUCCCAAACACAGUUCAACACCAUUUGAAGCACACAGGCAUCUGAAGCAACACUCUGUACCUUUUUUAACACUUCGAAGCCAGUUCCACUGCAUUUUUUUCAUUGUUUCCCUCUAAUCAGGGACUGAUUUAGAUCUGGGACCCCAGGUGGGUGCAAUUAAUUAUCAGGAAGAACAGGAAACCAGCAGGCUCCAGACCUUGUAGGGUAAGAGUUUAAUACCCCUGUUCUAACACAAUACAUUCAUUUGACUUUUGUUGGACCUCACUUGCGGUCCACUUUUUCCAUGUGGUUUCUUCCUUCACAGACUCCAUGAAAUGAUCACCUCUUCCUAAAUAUUUGGUCAAAUUAUUCAUUUUAUGUAUGGGUGGCUCCCUUAUUUGAAUUUUGGAACUAGAUAUUCAUAUACUUUGAGGAUGUUACAGCAUGUCAUCACACCCACCAGUGCUGAGAGCCUGCUGUAACUGUUAUUACCAUCAUCUAUGCCUAAAUUGGUUUUGGGUGGUUUGAACAACCCAUUGAUAACCAGGUUCUUGUUGUAAAAUACAAUUUGUUUUCAAUGACAUGACCUGGAUUACUAGAGGUGAAAUAAACUAUGUAGGUCUGUACCUGUGGAUAGAAUACACAUUCAACACCCCUAUAAACACAGCGCCGCCGUGGCCUACAAACACAGGCACACACAACACCCCCCAUACACCUCUAUCUUGUCUCUCCUGUAACAUGAUACAUCCCAUUUCCUCCUGCUCUUUUACCAUCCCAACUAACCAUGCCAACGGACACCCUCGACUCCUGUCAGCUGUCCUCUGACCUCAAUUGAAUGUUUUAUUUCUAGCCAAAUCUUAAUGCUCAUAGUAUUUUUUUGUUGUUGCUAUUUAUGUAUUUAUUUCCAGAGACAUCCCCCCCCAUCAAUGAUCCACUGCAGAGUGCACUACAUAAAUGAUUUCAAACGUUGACAUUUAUUUGAGCAUUGUGGUGUGUAUAUAUAUAUAUAUAUAUUUUUUUUUUUAAGUAUUUUGUGUUUCAGAUUAGGAUUUUGUUUGUUUUUGUAUUGAUUGUCCACCCCCAGAAAUCUCUUUUGUAGGAACAGAGAAAUGGUCCUAAUAAAUUAAUCUCAUA